UAAACCCCUUCAUUGUUCAUCUUCAAAAACCCUAACAUUUCUGAAAAAAUCUCUGCUUCUUCAAAUUCCAUCAAAAGCAGCUUGAUAAAGCUUAAAAGCCCAUGAUGAAAUGGUGAAACUUUUUGAUUUCAAUGGCGGUUUUAAGUGUGGGUUUCUUCGCUUGCAGAUCCCAUUUUCCUGUUCUUCCCCUGUUUUACUGUUUCUCGAAGGUUCAGCUCAACACUGUUGCUGCUGCAAUGGAGACUGUGGAUGACAAAGACAGUGAUCAUCAUCAUGACAAGGGUUCUAAUAAGACGACACCAGAGUGGAAGAAAUUGAAUUCAAAAGACCUUGGGAUAACCACUUCUAUGAUUUCAAAGCCUACACGAAUAGUGCUAAAUGGCCUUAAGAGUAAAGGAUAUGAUGUUUACCUUGUGGGAGGCUGUGUACGCGAUCUUAUUUUGAAGCGGACGCCAAAAGACUUCGAUAUACUCACUUCUGCGGAACUUAGAGAGGUUGUUCGGAGUUUCUCAAGAUGUGAAAUAAUUGGAAAAAAAUUUCCUAUAUGUCAUGUGCACAUUGGGAAUGAUAUGAUAGAGGUUUCGAGUUUUAGCACCUCUGCUCAAAAUUCUCUAAGAAACACAAGAACGGGUUCUGGAAAAUCUAAUGGUUCCUAUGACGAGGACAGUAUCCGUUUCAAUAACUGCUUGCAGCGUGAUUUCACAAUUAAUGGGUUGAUGUUUGAUCCAUAUGCCAAAGUUAUAUAUGACUAUCUUGGGGGAAUAGAAGACAUUAAAAAAGCUAAGGUACGGACAGUGUUUCAUGCUGGCACAUCAUUUCAAGAGGACAGUGCCAGGAUUCUUCGUGGAACAAGAAUUGCUGCGCGUUUAGGUUUUACAAUUUCCAAGGAAACAGCUCAUUUCUUAAAGAACCUUUCCUUCCUAGUACAAAGACUCCACAGGGGAAGAAUCUUGUUGGAAAUGAAUUACAUGUUAGCGUAUGGAUCAGCAGAAGCUUCUUUACGAUUGUUGUGGAAAUUUGGGAUACUAGAAAUUCUUUUACCAAUUCAGGCAGCAUAUCUCGUUCGCACUGGUUUCAAGAGACGCGACAAAAGGAGUAACUUGCUUCUGUCUCUCUUCGGAAAUUUGGAUAAAUUGUUGGCUCCUGAUAAACCUUGCCACAGCAGCUUAUGGCUAACAAUCUUGGCUCUUCACAAAGCACUUGCUGAUCAACCUCGAUAUCCUUCAGUGGUAGCCGCGUUUAGCCUUGCUGUCCACAAUGGUGGAGAUGUUUUAGAAGCUGUAAAAAAUACCAGGAAAGUCACAAAGCCACAUAAUAGAAGCUUCUUUGAGCUACUGGAGCCAGAGGAAAUGGACUCCCAAACCUUGUUGGAUGAAGUCAUGGAUUUUGAUUCAUCUAUCAAAGAAGCCUUGGGACAGAUGACUGAUGGGAGGUUUAUUUCCAAGGCUAUGGCAGCGUACCCUCAGGCCCCAUAUUCCGAUAUGGUUUUCAUACCGUUGCAAUUGUACCUAGAUGCAAGACGAAUAUUCGAGUGUGUGAAAGAAAAUGGGCAGAAGGGAUUUGUGCCUAAGCAAGACAGUAAAAUUGAUUAUACCUCAUUAUCUUCAGGCAACCUUCCAGAAGUUAGACACGUAUUUGCUAGGGUUGUUUUCGACACAGUGUUUCCGUUAAACCCACCUCAAGAGUUGUAGUCCCUCUUGGAUUGGUUGGGCUUAAACUGAGAUACGGUAGAAAGCAGAAAUGAUAUUUGCCAUACCUUUCUUAUGUAAAAACAUAAUAGCUAGGCGUCGUGAACACCAUUUUUGUACUCUUACAAGAUAGAAAUAAAAUAAGAAAAGUUGGGAGUUU